AUGGGCUUUUUCGACCAUCUCCAAAAAGGAGCGGGGGGCUUUACCCUACAACCGCAGAAAACCCAAGUACGCAAAGUUGUUCAGACACGACCUGCCACGAAAGCGAAAUCUGCCACCCAAACUCCCGUCAACGGCUCACCUCGCUUCCCUUCUUCAUCGGAGCGGAGCCAUAAGGCGUCCGCGUUCAAAGCCCGGUCGGUCUCGAGUGACACAGACGCCCGCCCCUCUAAACGACUUAACACGCCUACUCGUGCUCGGAAACGACCGACUCCCGAGCAACGGCUUUCAAGUGACGACGAUGUCAGCGAUAGCGAUACCUCCUUCGAGGUGCGCAAGCGCGCGCGGACGAGCGCCAGUGCAGAGCCAGAUCCCGAGAGGAGGAUUCGCUCGGUGAAGGCAUUUUCAGAGGAAGGAGCGCGUCCGUUCAAGAUGUGUCAUGGAACUGAUAUAACCUCGGGCCAGAAGGCCGGGAAGUUCAAGCCGGCGUUUGGGGGCCAAGGCAAGCCUGCAGAGAUUCUCUUGCAAUACCCGAGUGCUUCGCAAAAAGAAAGAUUCGACUGCAUGGUACCACGCGAUAACGAUGAGUUCCGGCCGAUUGACGAUAUCAUUCAGGUAAUCGAGACGGUCUCCGAUAACUAUAUACCCGAAGAAGGAGCGGCAGAGUUCAACGAUGAAACCACUGGUAUCAGACGGCGGUUGCGCAGAGCUUUGGCUGUAUCAUCGGAAGCCCAAUUCCGCGAGGCCGUGGAUGACUACAACAAGGCAAUUGAACGAUUAAGAAUCAACGGCAGUAUCGCAAAGCACUUGAACGCAACCCAGCGCAUUGGUUUGCCCUGGGUAGAGCGGAUUCUCAACCAAACCUAUGCACGCACAGUGUCUCCUCGAGUCGAAUCUCUCAGACAAUAUGAGAAUGGCACUGAUAAUGUUUACGGCGAACUUCUCCCCCGCUUUAUCAGCAACAUUUUUAAAGAGACCAAGUUAAAGUCCGGCCAAGUAUUUGUUGACUUGGGAUCCGGCGUCGGUAACGUUGUUCUCCAAGCGGCGCUCGAGAUUGGUUGUGAGAGCUGGGGUUGCGAGAUGAUGAACAACGCCUGUGAUCUAGCAGAGUUGCAGCAGUCCGAGUUCAAGGCUCGCUGCCGGCUCUGGGGCAUUGCACCAGGCAAGACUCAUCUUGUUCGAGGUGACUUCUUGGAGCAGGAGAGUAUCAUCAACGUGCUCAAGCGCGCCGAUGUGAUUCUCAUCAACAACCAAGCCUUCACACCGCAACUCAACAAUGAGCUUAUCAAUCAUUUUCUUGAUAUGAAAGAAGGUUGCCAGAUUGUCUCGCUCAAAUCUUUUGUCCCUGCCGGCCACAAGAUCCAGUCUCGAAACCUCAACUCUCCAAUCAACCUUCUUAAAGUCCAGCAAAAGAACUACUGGUCCAACAGUGUAAGCUGGACCGAUGUCGGCGGUACAUACUUCAUUGCCACCAAAGACAGUUCUCGGCUCAAAGCUUUUGCGGACGGCACUUUAUGA